CCAAAAACGUCAUAUUCGAACGCCAUAUUCUUUUACUGCUGAAAAUUACCGGUCGAGUGAAGUUGCACUUCUCUUGAAUUCGUGAAAAAUCGCGUGGUUUUGAUUUUAUGGUUUUAUUCAAGUUCUUCAGCACUUGAUUAUAAGCAACGCGAAACGUGAUGGAAGAAUCCGUUGAAAUUAAGAAGGAAAUUGAGUUGUCGAGUGAAGUGGAUCCAGACCGUGCCGGUGAAUGUGGUGGCGUCGCCCUGCCAAAAAAUGACGGAGUACCUUCGGUGACUCCUUCAUUGCCGGCUGCAGUGGGUUGCGGUGGCACUGUUUCUAACCCAAGCAUUCCGGCGGAGCUGGGCGAAAUAGAGCUGAAGUUUGAGGCAGAGCUGCCUAGUGUGACGGCUAGCAUUGCCGAUAGUGAUACUCCGAAAGAAAUGAAACCGGAGAGUGUAGGUGAAUUCAGUGGAGGAAUUAAAAAAGUUAAAAAGGUUGCACCAAAAGGUCCACCGAGUAAUGAUGAUGAUAGUGAUGAUGAUAGUGAUGAUGAUGAUUCAAGUGACAAUUCCGGCGAGAAAAGCCACUGCGACAACCAGCCGCUGGAUGGUGAUGGCACCAACGGUGAGAGCUCGAACAAAUGUGACCUACCCAGCAGUUCACAACAGCCAUCCUUCAAAUGUGACACCUGUGGCAAAGAAUUCCGACUCAAGCGACAGUUGCAGCGACAUUUGAAAACUCACAGUCAAGAACGUCACUAUCGGUGCAGUGCCUGUGGCCGAACAUUCAGGAUCAAGUACCAACUCGUCCUGCACAUGCGGCGUCAUGCUGUCGAUCGGCCGUUCCGCUGUGAAACCUGCGGGGAAAGUUUUGUACUGGAAAUUUUGCUGGAAAAUCACCGGAGAAAACAUACUGGAACCCAGAGGUUUAAGUGUGACGUUUGUGGCAAAGGAUACGAUCAAAACAGUCAGAUGAAGGCUCACAUGAGAUCCCAUUCGAGCGAACGUCCCCACAAAUGUGACCAGUGCGAUAAAAGUUUCAAAAAUAAGAAAUCGCUACGGUUUCACAUUGCCGGCCAUACGAACGAUUUUCCCUUCAAAUGUGAGGCAUGUGGUAAAGCAUUUUCCAUCGAUAAAAAGUUACAACGGCAUGUGAAAUGUCAUAAUAAGGAACUGCUCUAUCGGUGUAGCAUUUGUGACAAAGGAUUCCGAUUGAAUUCCCAGCUUAACAAACACCUGCGUUGGCAUACUGGGGAAUGUCGGUAUCAGUGCGGAAUUUGCGGAAAAAGUUUUGCCGAUGAACGCUAUCUGGGAAUUCAUACGAAGAUACACACGGGUGAUCAGCAGUACAAGUGUGAAGUAUGCGGAAAAGGAUGCAGUUCCAACAGUAACUUUGUAGCUCACAUGAGAUCCCACACGGGCGAACGCCCGUACAAGUGUGACACAUGCGAUAAAACAUUCGCCACCAAAUAUUCCCUGCAGUAUCACAGUGGGAUACACGCGACGGAACAUCCCUUCAAGUGUGACACUUGUGGGAAGGGAUAUUCCAUCGAGGUACAGUUCAAGCGACAUGUGAAAAUUCAUAGCGACGAACGGCUGUAUCAGUGUAGUAUUUGCAGCAAAGCAUUCAGGAUUCAUUCGCGCCUUGUCACACACAUGCGGCGGCACACUGGUGAACGGUCGUGAGAAUGAAAAAGUAGGUGGCGCUUUGAUUGGAUCUAUUAUAUUUUAUUUCACAGAAUAUGUCAUUGGAGCCUUCUAGCUCUUUGCAACUUUUUGAAUGUAGUAUUAGGCAAUCCAUUAGACGUUAGUUUGACAAUUCAGCGUUGGGUUCUGUCAACAAGUCUACUCCUGCGAACAGAAAAACUUGUCCGACAAACAACUUUCGUUAGUCCGAUUCGUUUGAUGUUGGAUCAAAUCAACGAUAUUGUCGGACGUCGCACCCCUCAGAAUAACGUCAGAAUAAGUAAACAAGAAAUAAUCAGCUGAUCAGAAACGUCUCAUGGAUUGCCUAAUUAGGUUCUUUACUGAUACAGUCAACCUCACUUUUCUUGACAGUUCACUUGUACUGUUUACAUGGACGUAGAAAAUUUUGUGGACGACUAAAUUUGCUCAAAGGAAAACGCAAAGAUUUUUUCUAAACAGUACAAGCGAAUUGUCAAAAAUGAACACUCGAGUUCAUUUGUGACGUCACCGUAAAAUAUUCAAUAGGAAAAAGAAACUUCAGCUCUCCUAACAAGGAUCACUGGUGGUCCACUAAUGUGGACACGUGAUUGUCAUACACCCCCCCCCCCCACCCUCAUUAUCCCAUCAAAUCCAAUUGUGUAUCGAUCACACAAAUAUUUGUUUUUAAAUAGAAUUUUACAUUCUACCGCAUAUAAUUUGGUAGGACAAAAAUGGAACCAAAGUAAAAUAGUGUAAACAAUAAAUGCCAUAAAAGCUAGAUUGACACCAACUUGCCACAUAAUUAGGUUGAAAUUUUUCAAUGUUAAUUAUUUUAAGAAACAAAAAAAGGAAUCGGAAUUAUAAUAUUAAUAAACGCGUGU